AUGCAUGAGGAUGGGACAAUGCUUUCAUGCGAGGGCUUAAAUAUUGAAGGCAAAUCAAAAGAGUUUGCAACAUUAUUGAUGGCAAAUGUUGAUGUCAAUCAUUCCCGGUCCGAGCACGGCACGGAGUUUCCGAGUGGCGGCCGGAUUACAUCGGGCCAAGAGAUAGACUGUUCCGGUUCGGACCGAACCCGCCUGGAGUUCCGAUUCAUAUUCACGUGCGUCGCAUGUGACCUCUCACUAGGGCCAGAGAGGAUAAGAAGACGGCUAACGAAUAAUGCGCUCCCUCUGCUUAAACCUCUCUCAUUCCCUCGCCCUCCUCCUACUCCUCUAAGGGCGGCCAUGGCCGCAGUUCUAGCCUCGCCUUCUUGCUCCUCUCCCUCUCUGUCCUUCUCCCAAUGCUCCUCCUCCUCUUGGAGGUCAAUUUUCGCCUGCUCCCAUCGACCUCCGCGCUCCCGAAAGAAAUCCCUCAGAAAAGGCCCUCCUGCGCGAGAAAACGGAGGCGAGUUUAAAGGGAUUUCUCAGAAGAGGUUUCCAGGAAGAGGGAAGGAUGAGAGGGCGUACCUGCCACCCGAUGGGAGUAGAGGGGAGUCUGGGUGGUCCCAGUCGGCGGUGUUCAAGUCCGCUGGAUUGCAGAAGAAGGACAAGGGUCUGGUGUAUGAUCUCAGGGAACAGCAGCUUGAUGACACAGGGAAUCUUCAAGAUGUGACUUUUCUUAAUGCUGUUGUGAAGGUUUACUGCACACAUACUGCACCUGAUUAUUCACUUCCUUGGCAAAAACAAAGGCAAUAUACAAGUACUGGAAGUGCUUUUAUGAUUGGUGAUGGGAAGCUCUUAACAAAUGCACAUUGUGUUGAACAUGAUACACAGGUCAAAGUGAAGAGAAGAGGAGAUGACACCAAGUUUGUGGCUAAGGUUUUAGCUAGAGGUGUGGAAUGUGACAUUGCAUUGCUCUCAGUGGAGAGUGAGGAAUUCUGGAGAGGAGCCGAACCACUUCAUUUUGGACGUCUUCCAUGCCUUCAGGAUUCAGUAACUGUUGUAGGUUAUCCUCUUGGUGGAGAUACUAUAUCUGUAACAAAGGGUGUGGUAUCACGAAUUGAGGUUACUUCAUAUGCUCAUGGAGCAUCUGAUCUGCUUGGCAUUCAAAUUGAUGCAGCAGUAAAUCCUGGUAAUAGUGGUGGUCCUGCUUUUAAUGACCAAGGGGAGUGUAUUGGAGUAGCAUUUCAGGCAUUCAGAUCCGAAGAAGCUGAAAAUAUUGGAUAUGUGAUUCCCACUACUGUUGUAUCUCAUUUUCUAAAUGACUAUGAAAGAAAUGGGAAGUAUACUGGAUUUCCUUGCCUUGGGGUCUUACUUCAGAAGUUGGAGAACCCUGCAUUGCGUGCAUGCUUAAAAGUACCAUCCAAUGAGGGUGUACUGGUCCGGAGAGUCGAGCCCACUUCUGCUGCUAGUAAUGUUCUAAAAGAGGGGGACGUGAUUGUUAGCUUUGAUGGUGUUCCUGUAGGGUGUGAAGGAACUGUCCCAUUCCGAUCCACAGAACGUAUUGCUUUUCGCUACCUUAUAAGUCAAAAGUUUUCUGGUGAUGUUGCGGAGCUUGGCAUCAUCCGGGAAGGGUCCUUCAUGAAAGUCAAAACUGUUUUGCAGCCACGGGUGCAUCUGGUGCCAUAUCACAUUGAAGGGGGGCAGCCUUCUUAUCUGAUAAUAGCAGGUCUCGUGUUCACUCCACUAUCUGAGCCACUGAUAGAUGAGGAAUGUGAAGAUUCAAUUGGGCUGAAAUUACUGGCUAAGGCACGCUAUUCUUUAGCAAGGUUCAAAGGAGAGGAGAUUGUAAUUUUAUCUCAGGUCUUGGCAAAUGAAGUGAAUAUUGGGUAUGAAGAUAUGGGCAAUCAACAAGUUUUGAAGUUCAAUGGAAUGCCAAUAAAGAACAUUCGGCAUCUCGCUCAUCUUGUUGACUCUUGCAAAGACAGGUACUUGGUAUUUGAAUUCGAAGACAAUUUUCUUGCUGUUUUGGAAAGAGAGGCCGCUGCUGCGGUCUCACCCUGUAUUCUCAAGGACUACGGAAUUCCAUUUGAACGUUCGGCUGAUUUGCGGGAGCCAUACAUAGACUUCUCAGAAGAUAACCGAGUACCAAGUCAAGACAUUGGGGACAGCCCCGUGUCAAAUUUGGAAAUUGGAUUUGAUGGUCUUUUAUGGGCAUGAACUCAAUGAUCCUAUAGAGCUGACAAUGAUGCUCUUCUAAGAAUCAUUCUGCAUUGACAAGGUGAGCCAGAUUGACCAAUCGUGCCCCAUUCAUGUUUGCUGUGACCUCCAUUGUUUCUAAAUUUUUGAGUGCACAAGCACACGCAGAAUUGGUUGGCUGCAUGAAAGUGUUGUAUUUUUAGUUGCUGAAAUUAACAUUAUUUUAUCUGUUCUUUUGCUUUUUUUUCCUCCCCCCAUAAGUGGAGAUAUCUCCCCUUUUUGUCCUUUUUUGAUGACUAGCAGUUGUGUAAAUUAUGAAGGCGGCAAUUAUACAUUCAGAAAUUUUGUGAUUAAUGCAAAUGGUGAGUCCAAUGUACGUUU